GUACCCUUGAUAGCAUUCAUCACUCACUCAUAGCACCAUACCAUUCAUCACACAUGUCUGAUUCCGACAGCGAGCAAGAACAAAGACUGACCCUCGAGGACCUGGAGGGCUCCGAUACCGAAAUGCUCUCCGGCGACGAGGACGGUCCUAUGGACAUCCUGACCGAGCAGCGUGUUACCGUCAACAACGAGCCGGCAUUGAAGCGUCUCCGUGAGCAGAUUGCCCUCCCCACCAAUAUCCCUUGGUCUGAAACCCAGUCUAUUACCUCGACUCAGUCUAUCAAUGUGUCAGACCCGGACGACGAUCUGAACCGUGAGGUUGCCUUCUACAACCAGGCUUUGGAAGCCGCAGUACUUGGGCGGGAACGGAUAAGGAAGGAAGGGGGCGUUUUUGAGCGCCCUGGCGACUACUUUGCAGAGAUGAUCAAGUCGGAUGAACAUAUGGCCAAGAUCCGUCAGAGAUUGUUGGACGAAAAUGCGUCGAUCCAGGCUAGCGAGCGGGCCAAGGCGCAGAGAGAGCUCAAGAAGUUUGGAAAGAAGGUUCAGACAGAGAAGAGGCUUGAGAGAGAGAAGUCAAAGGCGGACGCAUUAGACAAGAUCAGUGCGCUUAAGAAGAAGCGCCAGGGUAACGACAACUCUACAAAUGCAGAUGACGACUUUGAUGUGGCAUUGGCAAGUGACGACGACGAGAUGAAGGCAUAUAAGUCUUCAGGAUCUAACAGCGCUAACCGGGGCAAGAAGCGCUCAGCCGAUUCAACACCAGAAUCAAGAGGCAAGCGACACAAGAAAGAUCAAAAGUUUGGAUUCGGAGGCAAAAAGAGGCACGCAAAGAGUAACACCGCAGAAAGCUCAGCAGAUGUUUCAGGGUUCAAUGUGAAGCGCAACAAGUCAUCGUCCUUCAAAGCUGGACACAAGGCUGCAAAGCCUGGUGGCGUCAAGAAACGCUUAGGGAAGUCUCGUCGUCAGAAUGGCGGAGGAAAAUAAUAAAGAAUGGGCACGACUCAGUAUUUUGUUGUUCAAGGACGACAGGUAACCACAAUAAAAACCCGCAUUUUUUUAUUUUU